CGUCGGGUUUAUUCGGUAUCUUCACAUCGAUACUGUUUUAUCGCAUUGAUGGCACCCGACCUGUCCCUACCACCUCAAGCCCCGGAGCUCGGUCUAUGCGACGACUUCGACUGGAAUCGCGCCGCAUUUGCCAUCUAUACUCUCGUGGACGGAGUGUUACUGCAAGAUGUCGCCUCGACUCUUGAGAAGCAGUGGCUAGAGCAGGGCAACAAGGAUCAUCUCGUUCGACCUGCACCACACACAUCAGAGUUUCAGACGCUCCAGGAAGUCUUGCAGACCCACAUAGCCUUGGAUAAGGGGAGAGACAGCGAAAGAAACGAAAUAGAGUGGUGGCCGACCGCGUUCAUCGUUGUGGUUCGACAGGACUGGAGAGAACAUGGAGGGUUGCUAUUCGUGUUUGCAAACGACGAAAACGAUUAUCAGAUGGACAAGUUCUUUUUUAAGCUCGAUGAUGCGUACAUGAUGCUUUCGAGUCUGAGCUUCCAGGAUGAGACUGAAACUGGAAGUAAGGAGGUAUACGCCCAAGGGUACUACAAUGACGCAGAGUGGGUGAGCUACUCAGAACUUCCGCAACCUGAACGUCGAUAAAAUACUCUCACGAAUGAGAAAUCGAGGUAUAGCAUACUGCGGAGAAAUAUGGCCAGAUACCUCCUAGUGAAUGGGUAGAUCAAGCUGAUUGCUUUCCCGUAUCGUGAUCAUUCCGCUAUUUGACCCGAAGUCGGUGA